GGAGAUAAUCAAUUCAAUUGUUGAAGCCCAUUAUCAACAUGUCAAGAUUCUUGCAGUACGGUUGUGCUCUGCUCGCGUUUGGUGUCUGCUGGUUAAUCCAGAGGCGCCUAAGCCGACGCCGCUACGACUUGGAUAAGUUGCCGUUUGUCAGGUUUGAAGAAAACGACACACCAGAGAGAUAUGUGGCAGACUCCAAGAGCCUUCUACACAGCGGCUACGUCCAAUACCUCAAACAUGGCGUCCCCUUCCGUAUGAGAAACCCUGUGGAUCCAGAUCACCCACAGGUCAUACUCCCCUUCAAGUAUCUCAAUGAGGUCAAGAUGGCGCCGGAGAGCGUGAUGAGCUUUCAGCGUUUUUCGAGGCAGGCGUUCCUACUGGAUUACAUCAAUGCGCCCAAGCCGACAGCCAUGGCUCCUCACAUAGUCCGAGGAGAUCUCAACAAGCACCUGGGCACCUUGACGGGGCAAAUGGGGGUGCUUGCCAGGCAGUCUAUUUACGAGGGCAUGCCAAAGUGCAAUGACUGGACCCCCUUCCAGCCAUACUUUCUUUUUGCACACACUGUCGCACGCGUGACAUCAAUGGCACUCGCAAGUCCCGAGCUGUCCGCAAAUGAGGAGUGGAGGAACAUCAUGGUAACCUCCACGAUCACUCUGAUGCAGACCGCGCAAGAGGUGCGAAGGAAAUACCCUCGCCAUUGGCGGUGGGUUGUCCCGUGGGUCGAACCAGGCGCCAAGAGGAUCUACCAGAUCCGUAAGAGAUGCGCCGAGCUUCUCGCGCCCAGCUACCAGAACAGAUUAGCCCGGAUGGCCUCUAACGAGAAACCCCUCGUAGACGGCAUUCAGUGGCUAAUGAGCACAGUCCCGGAUGGAAAAAAAGGGCUGCUCGAGAUAGCAGACGAGCAGCUCUUCCUGAGCAUAGCGUCCAUCCAUUCAAGCUCCGCAUCCACGCUGUCCUUUGUCUAUGACCUUAUGGAGAGACCUGAGUUAAUGGACGAGAUCCUGCAGGAGAUCCGUUCGGUUCGCGGUGCGAAGAACGGCUCGUCCGAAUGGACCAAGCGGGACCUGGACCAACUGGUCAAGCUGGACAGCUUCAUGAAGGAGAGCCAACGCUACUACCCUGUUGGUCUCGUGACCGUGCAGCGCUCGAAUCCACGGCCGUACACCUUCUCGGACGGCCUGACGAUCCCGGCGAACACGCAGUGCUGCUUCCUCAACCACGAGCUAAACCACGAUCCUGAUGUGUACGAGGACCCCGAGACCUUUGACGCCUACCGCUUCCUGCGCCUGCGCGAGUCGGGUGACCCGCACAAGCACCACUUCGCGUAUGUGUCGGAGGACUCGAUCAACUUCGGCGCCGGCACGUACUCCUGCCCCGGGCGGCACUUUGCGGGCAACGAGAUCAAGCUCAUACUUUGCGAGCUUCUGUUGGGAUAUGAGAUGAAAUGGCCCGAGGGCGGGAGUCGGCCGCCGACCAUGUAUCGUGACUUCUCGUCCAACCCGGACCCUGGGGUGGACAUUUUGGUCAGAGAGCGGAAGUGCUAGGCAGACAAACCAGGUGCUUCCCGGCGGAAGACAUGUCAGGUAGCCAAUGCGCUAGCUAGGUAGACGGGUUCUGUUGGUACAGGUAGACAGGGUGUUAGGUAGACAGGG